AUGUGUGUUUGUACUGCCUUCACGCGGAACCACGAGGGCCAGGCGUCGGCCCCCCUGGCCGUGCACACGGAUGUAGGUGGGCCAGGUCCGCCGGUGCUGGCCAACGCGUCAUCGCACGGCGGCUCCAGCCAGAACGAAGCGACCGACGCUGGACGUGUGCAGGUGCCGUCAGACCUGCGGAUGGUGCAGAAGAUGGCGCUAAACCAGCAGGUGGUACUACUACUGCUACUACUACUACUUGAAGUUGAGGAUCAGUUUUUGUCAACUCGCUCGUCUUUGUCUGCCACUGCUGCUGCUGCUGAUCAUGAAAUUGUUGUGGCCUCGUCACUGGACCAGCCUGCGCAUUCCAUGAGCAAAUGUGGAUCUGGAGGAAAAUCCAGAGAGGUUUUGCAGUGGCACUUUACUGCCUGGCCUGAUCAUGCCACCCCACCUUCCCCAGCUGCCUUGUUGCACUUUGUGCGACGGUCUUCAAGGAGCAACUUUCCCCAGGGGGCCAGUGGGCCAGCUGGACCAAUUGUCGUCCACUGCAGUGCCGGUGUGGGACGUACGGGGGCUUACAUGGCAGUGCACACCUUGCUGGCCCAGCUGGAGGCCACGCGGAAAGUGGGGGCAGCGGGGGUGCUGCAGCGGAUGCGGAAGCAGCGAGCCUGGCUGGUGCAGACCCCGGAACAGUACGCCUUCAUUCACGACUCUGUGUUGACUGCCUGUUUGGCCGGGGACACAGACAUGCCUGCUGCCACCACUGCCCAGGUGGCCAGCCACAUCAAGUGA